AUGAGUACUGUGACAAAUGAGUCUAAGAAAAAAGAAAGCAUUGAUAAAGCUCUAAUAUAAUAAUAAAGAGAGCAACUUAAAUAGACUGUUUUAGAAAGAUUUAUAAAAGAUUUUGGAAAGAAUAACAAAAAUAAAAUAUAAGUAACUUACAAUUUAGAUAGUAGAUUAUCACCAAUAUUGUGAAUGAAUAUUUCUCAAAAACUAGAGUUACUGAUGUUACUUUGAAAAAUUUAAAACAAUAAGUUUAAUAAGCAAUUCAAAAUGCAGGAUCUACAACCUAAUCUCAAGCAGAUUAAUCAAUUAAGGAAUCAUAAGGUAUAACAAUGUUGUAUUUUUUAGUCACAUAAUAACAAUAAUUAUAAUAGAUUCCAUAAUAAAAACCUCCAAGUAGUUAAUCAAGGAAAUCAAAUUAAUAAAUAUAAUAAGCUCCAUAAUAACAUCAAGAUUAUUAUUCAGAAACAUCUUCAAAAGUAUAAAGUAUUUAUUAACAAGGCACCUAAAUCAGUUUAUAUGAUGGAAGGAGAUGAAGAUGAUGAAUGGGCAACAUUAGUUAAAUUUGAUACUGAAUUAUUCAAAAAAGAAAAAGAACUUGAACUCAUAAGAAAAUAAGAAUUUAAGAAGAAGAUCAAAUCAGAAUUGGAUAGAUAAUUAAAUGAGAAAUAAAAUAAAAAAUAUGAAGAAGUUUAAGAUGAAGAUGCUUAUGUAAAGUUGCAUCAUUAUUAAUUAAAUGUAUAUGAUUAAAGAGAGAAAGAUAAAUAGGAUAAUUUGAAGAAUAAAAUAUAUAAUGAAAAAUUGUAAAGAGAUAAAUAAGUAAGAGAUGAAUAGUAAAGAAAGUAUAAUUAUUAUUAUAUUAUUAAUAGAAAAGUUGAAUAAAAAAGAGAGAAAGAAUUAGAUAGUUUAUUAGUGAGAAAAAUUAGAGAAGAAUUAGAAUUAGAAUAAAGAGAGUAAUUAAAUAGAAGAAACAAAGAAAGAGAGCGUUUUCUAAGAAUGAUGAAAGAAAAUGAAGAGUAUAGAAAAAAAGCUUUUGAGGAUGCUAAGUAAGAAAAAGAAGCAGAAAUUUAAAUGCAAUAAUAAUAUAUCAGUUUAUAGAAUCAAUUAGAGGAAUAAAGAGAAUUAGAGAGAAAAUAGAGAGAAGAAAAAAUGAAAAAAGUUAUGGGUAUGUUUGCUGAAGGAGUUGUUAAAGAUUAAAAAGAAUUGAUUAAAUAGGAAGAUGAUAAAAUGCUAAGAAAUAUUAUAUAAUAGAAUGAAAGAGAAAAGAUUGAAGAAGAAAAGAAAAAGUUAAAAUAAUUAGAUUAAAGAUAACAAUUAAGAUCAUUUUUAAAUUCAUAAAUUGAAGAUAAAAAAAGAAGAUAAGAAGAAGAAGAAGAACUUAAUAAAAGAUAAGCUGAAAUAUGGAAAUAAGAUUUAGACAAUUAUAAUGAUCAUGAAAAAAAAAAAUUUGAUGUAUUCAAAUCCCAUUUUUACAUUAGUAUAUCAAAGAAGUAAAUUUAAGACAUGCAGAUAUAUUAAAAAGUUAAAUCUAAGAAAAACAAAGUAAAAUCAAGUAAAAGACUACUAAAAUGAACACAGCUGAAUUAUUAUAAAAUAAGGAUAAACUUAAAGUUAUUGCAUAAGAAGUUCCUGAUUUAGGAGAAAAAGUAAAAAAAAUUGAGAUUUGAUGAAUAAAAAUCAGCAUAGC